GCCAUCUUAUGCCCAGCUCCCUCGUGCACCAGGCCCGCCCGAGUCGCAUGAAGCUCGUCUUGUCUUGUCCUGUCCUGUUCACUCGUGUCCCAUCUCAUCCUGUCCCUGCCACUAGCCCAUAAAUAUAUCCCCUCGUUCCUGUCGUCGGCCCCAUCCUUCUCCACGACUGCCCCCCCCGCCCGCCACGCCGCCCGCUUGUCUCCCUGCACCACCAUGACCUCGUCGUACUCGACACAGCCCGCCGCCAUGGACGACCCCGACCAUGGCUGGAAGCCAAACAACCGCCCCCAAUCCACCGUAGCGCGCAACUUCAUGACAGAGCUCAACAGCCUCUUCAACCUCGACGACGGUGGCGUCGAAACGCUCGACCGCACUGUCCAUGAAAAGAAGGAAGCCGUCAACUCGCAGACCAAGGAGCUCGAGGCUCUCGAGGCCAGGCUGCGCGCCGCCGAAGAGCGCCUCAACCAGGCAAAGAACCACUCGCCCCCGGCCAAGAGGGACCACGGCAACACUACCAAGACCACCAACCAAGACGAGGCACGGCUACAAGGCGCCGCCAGCCCGCUCGCGCAAAAGACGCCCAGUAUGCCAGGUGCGCUCCCACAGACAGCAACCCCUUCGUCAACCACCAGCGCUGACUAUGUCCUGGUAGAGAGGCCCUCGUCCUCUGCCCAAGCCGAGGCCGCAUAGCCCCAUGUCAUUGAUGAUAAUACCACGAUACCCAGGCACUGCGUCCUCCCUCAUCACUCUCUGGCCGCGGCACGCCCAUGGCGUGCAUCUUGGACAGAGGCAUACUUUUUUAUAAUCACUCAAGACAUUUUCUCUUCUGCUCAGGCGCCUACUUGUUCGUUUUCUUCUCGCGCCGUGGGCGCGCUUUCGAUAGAGGCUGCGGCCCUCCGUGGAUUAUCUAGCUGGAAAAUGC